UUUGACAAAACAAUAUGGAGUCUGCAGUCCGUAGAGUCAAAUUAAAAACGUUGUAAUGAGUUUUUCGGUGGAUAGUUUCGCCUAUUUCCAGCAGCUAUGGCAGAUGGAGACAUGGUGCCGCAAGCGAUGACGCUUGUUGAGGAUGAGUAUCCCCAUGUCCGCAUGGAUCCUUUCAUAUCCAUCAUGGAAGAUCCAGAUGAAGUGCCAUUUAUUAUCCAUCGGGUUGACUCCAACGAAAUCGUGUAUCAGCCUCGUCGGCGGAAAGCUAAACUGAUAGGAAAAUAUCUGAUGGGUGAUAUGCUAGGCGAAGGAUCUUACGGAAAAGUCAAAGAAUGUAUUGACACGGAAAGCUUAUGUCGACGUGCUGUCAAAAUCUUAAAAAGGAGGAAAUUGAGAAAGAUUCCAAAUGGAGAACAAAAUGUUCAAAGAGAAAUUCAAUUACUAAAGAGACUUCAGCAUCGUCAUGUUAUAAGACUUCUUGAUGUUCAUGUCAAUGACGAGAAGCAGAAAAUGUACCUGAUUAUGGAGUACUGUGUUUGUGAACUCCAGGAGAUGCUGGAGAGUACCAAAGACAAGAAAUUUCCUAUCUGUCAGUCACACAAUUAUUUUGGUCAGCUGGUUGAGGGUCUAGAAUAUUUGCAUGGACAGGGCAUUGUACACAAAGACAUCAAGCCAAGUAACUUGCUUCUGACCACAGACGAGACCUUGAGGAUAACAGACCUGGGAGUGGCAGAGAAACUGGACAUGUUUGCAGAAGAUGACACUUGUAGAACCAGCCAAGGAUCUCCAGCGUUCCAGCCCCCUGAGAUCGCUAAUGGACUUGAGACAUUUGUCGGCUUCAAAGUGGAUGUGUGGGCUAGUGGUGUUACAUUAUACAACAUGACUACUGGUCUCUAUCCAUUUGAGGGUGACAAUAUUUAUAGAUUAUUUGUAAAUAUUGGGAAGGGGGAAUAUACCAUUCCAGACACAUUAGACUCACUGUUGUCAAAUCUUCUAACAGGCAUGCUACAAACUGAACCAGAGAAGAGGCUAGGUAUCCAACAGAUAAAAAGACAUGACUGGGUAAUAAAGAAACUGUCAAGGACGCCGGACUAUGUCCCCUUCCCCCCGUCCGGAGAGGAGGGUGAUGUUUACCGUAGCAUGAGCGUAGUACAGUACCUGGAGGACCUGCACUCUGGCUCGCCCAGUGAUGAUGAAGAGUAUGACGACUCACAGAUCUUCUCAGAUAAUAUUCCCUAUUCAGCUAACAACAAUGCCCAACCAGUGGUAAAAGAAAACACCAUUCCAGAGCAUAAACACAAGAAGAAGCGAGCCAAGUCUGGGUUGCUGGCCUCCUGUAAACAGUCCUGAUUAGCUGCCCUGGAUGUAGGCUCCUUCUUGAUUGGUUGGAAAAGGCUGAACGGUUCUGAUUGAUGGAAAGAGAAAGACUAUAUAUCAUUUCUACUAGUGCAUUUGAAAUGUGCUUGGGUGUGUGUUGACUGUGUGUGUGAAGUGCCGGUGCUGGUGUGAGAGGAGGGUCAGAACAUUUUUAAAUGGAAGUAUUCAGAGCAUGACUUUAAGGUGUGAAAGGGAGUGAGAUGAUAGUGAUAUUGUACCCACAAGUGGUAUCAAGACUAAAAACCCUUAAGCAUGGAAGAUGGAAGAUGUGUAGCUGGGAUUUGUCAUAACUCAUUUCAUUGUAAUCAGGGUCAAAUCAACAAAAGCCAGGUUAGCCCAGCACUGUUAUCAGAUAUUUUGAAUUUCGUUCACCUUUCUGAUUUUUCACUGAAUUAUGAAUACCAGAUUUUGGCCUAAAGUUGUAUACAAUUUUUUUUGUCUACUGUGUAACCUUGCAGAAUUUUUGGAAACAUUCAAUUUUGACCCAGUUUUUAGUAGCUAUAUUGAGCAUCUAAUAUGAAGUGAAAAAACUGGUUUAUAUUUCAACAGCUUUACACAGUGUGAAGGGUAUUUAGUUAAAUUGAAAAAAAUGUCAGGUUGUAACAUUAAUAUGUUGUUAAUAUCACUUUUCACCUUAUUUAUAAGUAAGUGUCAAAUAUUCUUAAAAAACUUAAAAUGUAUCUGGUAAAACAGUGGUGAGCUAGGCCUGUUUUUGGUGAUUUGAUCCAGGAGAACUUCAUGCUCUUUGUAAGCAGAUAUGAUUUUGUGAUGAAAUGUCAGGUUUUAUUAUGCAUCUGUAGGUCUGGAUGUCUCAAAUAUUCAUUCUCAUCAGUGUAUGUCUGUUUUGUCUGACGUUAACCUGCGGGCCUUCUAGUAGAAUAGGACAACCAGCCAGACUGGUUCAAUAAGUAAAUGGAUCGAUGAAAUCUUUAUCGUGUUUCUUUGAUAUUCAUUCUGAGUGCUUGUAAAAGAUCCCUCUGACAGAAUAAUGGCCUACACAUACUGACAAAUAGUACAAAGCAUCCUCAAAGAGGAAUGAUACUCUUGAAAUUGGUCCAUUCCAAUUAAAGCUGGUCGAAAUGGUUACACUUUUCUAAUGGGAGGCACACAGUGUAUACAUGAUAAGUGAGCAUUUUUAACCCAUUGAACGACAAACUACGGCAGAUUUUGUGAAUACUAUUGUAAAGUUACCUCGUUGGUGGGAAUACUCAUUGAUGCAGUUGAUCAUAAUAUUGUUGUAUUUUUACCCAAAGUGCAUUCAGCUAGCUUGGCAUCUGAUCAGGUAGCAUUUUCAUAUUUUAAUCCACAACUCUCUAAAGGAAAAUAUUAUUCGAAGGGAUCCCCGGUCAUCAAAGAAAUUUCAAAGUCUUUCCUGCAUGAUCUCAUAUUCAAGGUGAUAAACUUGUGACAGCAAUUGCCCAUUUGAAAAGAUGCGUGGCUACCCUUUUCUUUCCCUGUUCACAAAAGGCAGAUGGACCAAACAAAUAAUCAGGAAUGAUACAAAUGUCUCAGGUUAUCAGAGUAGAUGACAAAGAUUGCUCAAAGUAGCAGUAUUUUGUUUUCUUGACCUGCCAAUAUUCAUGUAGAUCUGCUGUUAAAACCAAUUCACUUUGCUUUGUGACUGAAGUAUAAAGAAGUUACUGUGGAUUUUGCUGGAUAUGUAACAGAUUUGAAACUGGUUUUACAUUAAUUGGGAAUAGUCUAUAAUUUUGGAAAGCAGGUUUCAUGCAAUUUCUUUGUCCAUGAAGGAAAUGCGAAGGAUAGAGAAUCUACAAUAAGUUCUGGAUUAACUGUGGUCAUUUUCCUGUGAUGGUGAUUUCUGUUGGUCAAUUCAUUAUUGUCUUGUGUUCUGUAAGACAUUGUGUCCAAGCUUUAUACUAAAAACAACUAGCUAAAUUGAAGCAUAUUAUUAUCAACUGUCGUCUGCUACAAUCUGCAGCUAUUCUUCCUCGUCUGUGUGUCCUUCUACACAGCCAUGGCCAUUAAAUAAUCGCAAAAAUUAGCGAAUUUUUUUUCUUUUGUUUUCUUUUGCAACAACUUCCCAGUUCUGUUAUCUGCCUGUUGGCAUUGCAAUUUUGAAUUGUCAAAUUUUUCAUUUUCACUUAUGUUGUAAGUUUUCAAUUGUUAUAACCUGCAAUUAUUUGAUUUGCUGAUAAAUACUUAUUUGAACAUUCUGUGGAUCUUUUCAGUUAUAGAAUGUUAUGUAUAUGUAUACCAAAUACAUCCAAGAGGUUGAAAAUUGUAUACCUGAUAACGGUUAAGACCAAAUGAACCUGCACACAAAGCACUAGCUUUAUAUAGAAAUGGCGUGAAUUCAAACAAUUUCUUUGGAAUGUAAAAAUGAAAUGAAUUUGAUCUCAGUUGUGUUUAAACAGCUUUAGCAGUUUGAAGAAAGUGAUAUAUUUAAGCUUUUGUAACAUGAGCAUGCACAUAUAACUGCUGAAAUACAAUUAAUCCUGUUGUGUCACGAUUACUUUUUGAAAGGCAGGACAUUCGGGCCAAAUAGGUGGCGACAUCCAGCCAUUUCUCUGUGUCGCUGGAAUAUAAUUAUAAAUACUGUUUGUAAUUCUAUGAUCAUAUGCUGGCAAAAAUAAUUGUUUCGUGAAUUUGUCUAAUUUAACCCCUUAGAGAUAACGGAGACUAGAGGUUGAUUUGAUGAGAUUCAGUCCUUCACUGUCCUGUCCGUCAUGUGCUAUUUUAUCAGAAAGUAUCGACACUUUUAUAUGUUUUUAACUGGCUGAGUGCUUGUAACCGUCUCAACUGUUGUUUAAUAAUUUAACAGGCUUAUACAUUGAUCUGUCGGUGAACACUUUGUAUUCCGAUGAGAGUUCAACUCGUUCUCCAGCAGUAAUGUUGGUAAACUGGUCACAUCUCAAAAAUACAGAAUACAGUGUAUAAUUUUUCAUUAUUUUACCAUCAGAACAUUUUGAAAAAAUGUUCAGUUCAAUUCUGUACACAUGAACAACAUAUUCUGAAUAUGUACAAUUUCUAAUUAUUUAACAAUUGUAGAUUUACAAGUUAAGACUCGCCUGUAUUGAUCCCAGAUGCAGUUAUAUACAACUAUUAGAGAAUGGUACUAAAUGUGUAUUAAAUAUGUUUGUAACGUCAUCGCCAUUACUAUCAUCACCAUUGUCAUUGUCAUAGAACAUUACGGUCCUAUAGUUAUUCAAAGUCUGGAAAUGGUUUAGGUCGAGUUUUUUGUAAAUCGUACAAGUAUAGUUUAAUCAAGGUCUAGAUCACAUGUUUUUCGUAGCACAUGCAAAAACUAGACUCUUCAUGCGACAGUCUCCGAAAAAGCUGUGUUUGGAAAUUCACCUUCACUGUUGAAACAGGCUUUGUAAAACCCAAGACUAUUAUGAAUCUAUACUGUACAUAUUCCAUAGGUCAUGACCUCUUUUAGAAGGAGAUGUGAUGUACUCGGUACAGCUGCAUCCUGGGAAAUGUGUUGUACUCCUUAUGUAUGACACCAUCCUCGUAACUGCACUAAGUGUAUUUAAAUACACACUAUUUUGUUUAUAAAAUUGAAGAAGGUACUGUGAUGUCGGUAAACUGUGAUUUUGUUCUUGUUACUGUUUUUAAUGAAUGGCAUUCCUAGAGUAGUUUGGUGUCCUUUGGUGCACACAGCCUUGUUAUCCCCCACAGACCACAGUGGACUGGUCCAUGCCAAAGUCAAGACUAUUCUAUUAUGGUUGGCAGGGGUUAGCUACACCUGAAAUAACCUAACUAAGCAGUUUGGAGUAGUCUACUGAGGUAAUUGGGGGAUUUUAACCCAUUGAACCACUUGUACAGAAAUAAAGAAAUGAUCUGAUCUAGAGCUGUAACUUGGUCCGUCGUUCUGGUUAAAACAGAUGGUGGGUUGAGUUAUAAUGCUAACUACCCUUAAAAACAACAAUGGACUAUUUUAUAGAGAUCAGUUGACGAGAAAGUUGUGGUAGGUUGAAAUACCAUAAAAUGAAGAAGAAAAUUCCAGCAAGAGUUGACGUCUGUUUAAACAAUAUAUACUUUUAUGCAUUUAAUAGAAGAUAACAGUCGAUUAGAGGAAUUGUUUUUCUCAUAAUGAUGAAUAUGCUCAGUUUUGAAAUAAUUGUAUAUUAAAAAAAAACAUGAGCCGAAGUACCGGGCAAGUGGUAAGACACUCCUGUCUAUCAUUAUAACUUGAUGUGUAUAGAUAUUAUUGUAGCGUAGGUAGGAAACAUUUAUAACAAAUUGAUUUACAGAUGAAAGAAGUAUAUAGCUGUCAUCUGUAAGCUUCUCUGGCUUGGUGUCCACAAUUACACUGGACGGGUUACAUUGGGGCUGAUUACAUUGUAAUGUAACGGCCAAUUACAACAUAUUGUUUUGUAAUACCCUCAAUUACACCUACAGAAAUAGAUUGCAAUUACAAUGUAUUGGUCUUGAAUACAAUGUGUUGGUCUUGAAUACAAUGUACUGGUCUUGAAUACAAUGUACUGGUCUUGAAUACAAUGUACUGGUCUUGAUUACAAUGUAUUGGUCUUGAUUAUAAUUGGUCUGGUAUCAAACUACAUUUCCUCAGUACACCUCUACUUAAUUAUAAAAUUGGAACCAAAUAAAUUUUAAUAGAAUAAA